AUAUCUCCGAAACAGACUAAGCGAUAUGGACUUCCCAUUCGUUUUUAAAAAUUCGAUGUGUUAACACCUUUGAAAAUAGUUUUUGUCCAACAUUUACCGGUGCCUAUUGUGUUGUUUCUUAGAUCCUAUUUCUGUAACUAGGCCGAAUUCCAUUUAGUUGGCUUUUUAGAAGGAAAUUAGGACACCCGAAUCGCUGCUCCCAAGGCAAAAGAACAUUAUCAUGUGCUGCGGACCCUGUGGACCCCGAUGCUGCGAUCCGUGUGGCGGCUGCUACAACUGCUGCGUGGAACUGUGCUGUGUGCCCUGCACCCCAGCUUACAUUCAGUGCACCUUUAUGCCCUGCGGCCCCAGGGGCUGCUGCUGAAGUGGGGACAAGCUAGGUGCCGAAACAUGUCCGACAAUAUUGUACCUGAAACACUUGUAGAUACCCAAAUGUCUUAAUAAACGAAUUCAAUAAAUGUAA